GUGAUCUGUAAGAACGACCAGGUUUUGCAGUGCUCUGCAAGCAAAACGCAAAUUGCAGUGCUCUGGUUAGUCUGCAAGCGAAACGCAAAUUAUCUGUCUGAACAGCUCGGACUCGGAGGCGGAGUCAAAGCUGCUGCUUUGAGGAAGAUGGCUCGGCUGGAAGGACGGUAGGGAGGGAAGCUGGGGAAGCAAAGCGCAGUGUGGCACCACCCACCCAGAGCAGCUGGAAAGGGAGAGAGUGCAGUGAGUGGUGCAUGAUUGUGCAGGGCGUCGUGUCAAAGGCCAGGGCGGUGCAGCAGGGAGGCUAACAAACCCACCAUUGAUCAAGUAACGCUCCUUUGGUGGUGGCAUCCGGCAAUUGUUAAAAAGUCGGCCGCCGAGCUCUCGAUCAGACGACUCCGCGGUGGCAGAGCGCUUAUGCAGUCCAUGUGAACUAGCCGUGUGGGCAAGCAAUGCAGUGAGCUCUUGCGAUGGCGGCAUCCUCUGCAUGCCUGGGGCUGCAGCCCUCCUGCUCUGUGCCAAGGAGUGCCGCACGAGCGGCGUGUAACAAUGUGGGGGAGAAUUCUGCUUCAGGGUUUUAUUCGCCACACCCUGCGAUCAAGGAUCCCCUGUCAGUAGACGUUCACCGGGUCACGCGCCGUUUCUCAAGCCAGGCACGGCUUUGCAUGUACAGAAAUGAUCGAUCAUCAAACGCCCAGAGUUUGAGAAUACCAAGACCCCUGCGGAGCUCUCAUUUUUGGGGCAUGCAAAACAGCCUAUCAAGGCCAGCUCAAAACCCGCCACCCGCCCAUCGCACUCUUGCAAUUGCCAAUGAAGCGAGCGCCGCAGAAACUCUUCCUCAGGAACGAACCAAGCUGCUCUCUCCCAAGAGCAUCACAGUCCCCCUCGGCGACCGCACCAUUACCAUCGAGACAGGCCGCAUGGGCCGCCAGGCCAACGGUGCGGUCACUGUAACCGACGGCGAGACCGUCUUGUAUUGCACGGCCUGCGCGGACAACCGCCCUUCCGAGCCGGCCGACUUCGCACCUCUCAGCGUCCACUACCAAGAGCGGUUCAGCGCGGCAGGGCGAACCACCGGAGGGUUUAUCAAGCGGGAGGGUCGGCCGAGAGACAACGAGGUUUUGGUGUCAAGGUUGGUCGACAGGCCGCUCCGACCGAUGUGCGACAAGGGGUUCAAUUACGAGACGCAGGUGCUGGUGUGGGUGUUGAGUUAUGAUACGGAGCACAUGCCGGAGCCGCUUGCGAUCUUGGCGGCGGGCGCGGCGCUCGCGAUUUCGGACAUUCCGACCAAAAAGGCGGUGGCCGGGGUCAGGGUGGGGAUGAGUGAGGACGGCGAGUACAUAAUCAACCCGACGAAAGCACAAUUGGCGAUGUCCAAGCUGGAUAUGCUGGUGGCAGGCACGGCAGAUGCGGUGCUCAUGAUCGAGGGUUACUGCGACUGCCUCACCGAAGAGCAGACCUUGGCAGCGGUGAAAGCAGGCCAGGACGCGUUGAGCGGGGUCUGCAAUGCGAUUGAGGAGUGGGCUAAGGAGGUGGGAAAGCCCAAAAUGUGGGACAAGGUGGGGCGACCACCAGAGGGGCUGGAGGAGAUGCUCGAGAGACUGGUGGGCGCUGAUCUGGACAAGGUGCUGCGCAUUUCCAAGAAGCAAGAGCGGGGGGCGCGUGUAGCGGAGAUCGGGGAAAGGGCCCUGUCGGUGUUGACUGAGAAAGGCCGAGCCGAACUGAAGUCCGCAGAGAGCGACAGCGACGACGAGGACAUCUACCCCGGCGAGGAUGACGUCAUCGACCUGUCGGCUGACGAGAGCGAGGAGCCGGUGCUGCCGGACGCGGUGGUCGCCGGACGGCGGCCGAAGGUGUACGAUCCGGACGCCGUGAAGCAGGCGUUCAAGGAGCUGAACUCGCGGGUGCUGCGGCGGAUCGUGGUGCAGGAGAACCGGCGGAGCGACGGGCGCAGUACGACGGAGGUACGGCCCAUUGAGUGCUCCGCAAACCUGUUGCCUCGGGUUCACGGCAGCGCGCUGUUCACGCGCGGGGAGACGCAGGCGCUGGCGGUGGUGACGAUUGGCGGCGAGGACAUGGCGCAGAAGCAGGACAACAUGCAGGGGCAGCAGGCGGACCGCUUCUACCUCCAGUACAACUUUCCCCCCUCCUCCGUUGGCGAGACCAAGCGAGUCGGCGCCCCGGGCCGGCGCGAGAUCGGCCACGGCAUGCUCGCGCAGCGGUCGCUAGAACCGGUCCUUCCCCCCCAGCUCAGCUUCCCCUAUACGAUGCGCGUUGAGAGCACCAUCACCGAAAGUAACGGGUCGUCCAGCAUGGCCUCCGUUUGCGGCGGCUGCCUGGCGCUUUUGGACGCAGGGAUCCCCCUGACGUCAAUGGUGGCGGGGGUGGCCAUGGGACUGAUUCUAGACACUGCGUCAGCAGGAGGAGACGGGCAGCCCAUGAUUCUUACUGACAUUCUGGGGUCGGAAGAUGCGCUGGGAGACAUGGACUUCAAAGUUGCAGGCACGGAGGAUGCAAUCACAGCGUUCCAGAUGGAUAUCAAGGUGGAGGGGAUCACGGUGGACGUGAUGACGAAAGCGCUGGAGCAGGCCAAGGCGGGGCGCAAGCACAUUCUGCGCGAGAUGAAGGCGUGCGAGCCGCCGCCGCGGGGGCAGCUCUCGUCGUAUGCGCCGAAGAUAGUCAGGCUAAAGGUGGACCAAGAUAAGAUUGGUCUCGUAGUAGGCAGCGGCGGUAAGACGAUCCGCGCAAUCAUCGAGGACUCAGGCGUCGACAAUGUGGAGAUUUCGGACGAGGGCGUUGUGUCCAUUUUGGGCACCGACAGCGACAAGCUUGCGGUCGCAAAGGACCGAAUUAUGGCGCUGGUCACCGUUCCAGAGGUUGGGACCGUGUACAGGAACUGCACGGUGCAGGGCGUCGCUCCAUACGGAUGCUUCGUGGAGAUCGCGCCGGGCAAGCAGGGGCUGGUCCACGUGCGUGAGCUCAGCAUGACGCGCAUCGAAAACGUGGAAGACCACUUCAAGGUUGGCGACACCCUAGACGUGAAGCUCCUAGAGAUCAACGAGCGGGGCCAGCUGCGGUUGAGUCACCGGGCGCUUUUGGUAGAGAACGAAAAGGGGGCAAGCGCCGGGGCAGGUCCUCCUGGGGGCGGCACGGGUAGCGAGGCGGCGAAGCCUGCGUUCAAGGCCGUUUGGCAAAGACCGGGGAACUCAACUGGGGGAGAAAAUGCGUCGGGAGCAAGUCAGGGGUCUUUUCAAUCCGCCCCUCGAAACCCCGUUGCCACGUCACCAACAAGCAAAGCCGGCAAGCAAGAUUGAUACCGUCUAGUGCCUAGGUCUGAUGAUCGCAGGGUCUGCCAUCCGGGCGUUUUGGUGCUUUAGCGACAUCCAGGUUCUGCAAUAGCACGGGUUGCUCAUUUGAAGCUUUGGGUAUCCUGGUUCUAGUAGAUGAGGUAUGGUAUACUGCAGAACGACACGCAAUGCUCAGACGCGCUUACGCGCCUACUCGUGAACAAAGAAAUGUUUCCCAGACCGUCAGGAUCAUGCAGCAUGCUGCCAGCUUCAAUCGGUACUCAUGGGGGCUUGAUCUCGC